UUUCUUCACGACUUAUUACGAGAAAAGCCAUAGUCGCCCAAUUCCAACAACCUCCUUUUCCUGAUUCAUCCAUGUGAUCCCGUCACUUGUCCCUUUCAUCCAGAUGUGUUGAGUGCUUGGGGACCUCCGCGCUAUCGCUCUCGCACCCAUCUGUUUGGACCGCCUUGGUAGAUCCGUUCCUUCAAUCCCUGCUCCAGUUCAUCACGGCCUUUCGUUGUGCUUCGUGCAUGUAGGGUAGUAGCAAUUGAUCUUUGACAGCUUGUUUCUUCCAGACAUUCGCGCAGUUGAGAGUCAUUCUCUACUAUCACGGGUUGUGCAUAAUUCAACUGCGAGGGGGGGGGGGGGAGGGAUUGAGUUGAAGCUUGCCUUGGACCGUCGAUUGAUCGUUACAACCGAAGCUGUAACCGAUCUCCUCGAUUGUUUAUAAUGGACAGUGGUGUUCGAAUGUGAGAGGGUGUUGUCUCUGCAUUCACGGUGGGUUGGAGUGUGAGAAUGUAAGCUUCUGCGUACGAUCGAGGAGUUUGGGACGGCGUGCUCUUGAAACCAGAACUUUAGAGAAACACGUUAAAGGCGUCCUCCACUUUUGAUCAAAGGCUCGUCUUCGGAUCCUUCGAGCACUUCCAGGCAGCGAUGGACGAAUCAGGGAAUGCAACCUAUGUUGCAAAUGGGCAUGCGAACGGCGUGCAGACGGAGGAGAAGGAGACACACAACAACGAGGCCAGGUUGCGAGAGCUUCGAGAAUCGCUAGGGAAGGCAGAUGGUGACCCGUUGCGAAUGGUGGGCGUUGGUGCAGGAGCUUGGGGCAGUGUCUUCAUUGCCAUGCUGCAGGAUACUUAUGGUGCCUUCCGUGAUGACAUACAGCUGCGCUUGUGGAGAAGAGGGGGCAAGGAGGUAGAUCGUCAAACGGCGGAGCAUCUGUUCGAGGUGAUCAAUUCUCGAGAGGACGUUCUACGUCGCCUCAUUCGUAAAUGUGCUUAUCUCAAGUACGUGGAGGGCCGGCUUGGGGAACGGAUUCUGUACGCCGAUGAGAUUCUCCGGGAUGGCUUUUGUGUGAACAUGAUAGACACGCCCCUGUGCCCUGUCAAGGUGGUCACCAACCUCCAGGAGGCCGUGUGGGACGCAGAUAUUGUGGUUGCGGGUCUCCCCUCCACUGAGAUUCGGCGAGUUUUUAAAGACAUUGGUCGAUACUGGCGGGAGCGUCGCACUAUGCCCAUCAUCAUCUCCCUGGCGAAGGGAGUGGAGACUGCCUUGGACCCUCACCCUCACAUCAUCACUCCUACUCAAAUGAUUGUGGAUAUGACCGGCGUGCCUUCUGAAAAUGUUUUGUACCUGGGAGGUCCGAACAUUGCUUCUGAAGUUUACAACAAGGAGUAUGCUAAUGCACGGAUCUGCGGGUCUGAGAAAUGGCGGAAGCCCUUGGCAAAGUUUCUGCGCCAGCCACACUUUAUUGUGUGGGAUAAUCCUGACAUUGUCACACAUGAGGUCAUGGGUGGUCUUAAGAAUGUGUACGCCAUUGGUGCCGGAAUGGUGGGAGCUUUGACCAACGAGUCAGCUACAAGCAAGGCCGUGUAUUUUUCACAUUCAACAUCAGAGAUGAUUUAUAUCACACGUUUGCUGGCAGAAAACCCAGGUCCGCUGGCAGGUCCAUUGCUUGCAGAUACUUACGUCACGCUUUUGAAAGGUCGGAAUGCAUGGUAUGGGGGAAAACUUGCUAAAGGAGAGAUUACCAUUGAGACGGGUGAUACCUUCAGCGGAAAGGGUACAAUUCAGGGUAUAUCUGCAGUGGAGGCAUUCCAUGAGUUGUUGCGACAGCCCUCAUUAAGCGUAAUGCAUCCUGAGCUUGGCAAGCCAGUCCGACCCAUUGAGCUUUGCCCCAUCCUGCGAGCUUUGUACAAGAUUCUUAUUCAGAAAACGGCCCCUAUUACUGCCAUUGUGGAGGGCUAUAUGAGCGAAUAUGACCCCAGGCACCUUGUUGAACUUGAAGAUGCGUUCAUCCCCCAACUUCUGCGCCGUGAACCGCAACCGAAGCUUACACAUACUGAUUCGACACAGUCUGUAUAGUAUAAGAGGGUCGAUAAUCAAAUAUUUUCUUAAGUCUCAGGCUCUUUCUGCACGGGCCCGUUGACAAACCUUACUGUAAUUAUAAACAACAGAGGCGCUUGAUUAGAUCCCACUACUGAAGUUGAUGCACAUAUUUUUGUACAAGGUGUUGGCUGUCGUGAUUCUUCACAGAGCUCUCCCUCGCAGACUCCGCACACACUUUUCACUUGAGCUUGAUUUUAUUGCCUGACCAA